AUGGGCAAUCCAUCUCUCUCAAUUCGAGUCGCCUUUGUUCUCUCCCUCUCUCUGGCAGCCUCCUACACAACCUCGUCGCAUUCCCCCACCAUUUCCUUCCUCAAAUCUCACUCAAACUCACCUGACAAUCCCAAUCCCAAGCCCAAUUUCAAAGCCUCCGCUUCCGACUUGCUUUCUCUUCUCGGCACUUCCCAACAAGCCUCAGCAAUCAAUGCCGAAGUAGCCCAAGAACUCAG